UUCUAUCAUCUGAGUCAAGCUAAGGCCGGAAAUGGGAGACCUUUUUUCACCAGGGACCAAGAGCUACCUGGUUAUUAUGAUCUUGUCCGUAUUCUGCGUAUUAUUUGUUGCGAAGUUUUUGCAGAAGAUUAAGGAAAAGAAGGUGGUAGGAUCAAGGAUGUACAAGUUUCCGCCGGGAAGAAGAGGCUGGCCGAUAGUUGGAGACAGCCUCGAAUGGUACAAUGCUGUUGCAAGUUCUCAUCCCCCGCAGUUUGUACAACAACAGAUCAAGAGGUUUGGGAAGAUAUUCUCCUGCAGUUUGUUUGGAAAACGGUGUGUAGUAUCAGCCGACCCGAGCUUUAACCGGUUUGUAAUGCAAAAUGAAGGUAAAUGGUUUCAGUCCAGCUAUCCAAAAUCUUUCAAAGACUUGGUCGGGAAAAAUGGUGUGAUCACGGUCCACGGUGAGCAACAGAGGAAACUCCACAGCAUCGCGUCCAAUAUGAUGCGUCUUGAUAAGCUUCUUAAGAUUAAUUUAUUGAACGAUGUUCAAAUGGUUACCACUAAAACUUUGAGCGACUUUGCAACCAAUGAUCAGCCAUUACGUCUCCAGGAUGUUUGUAGAAAGCUAGCCAUACAUCUUAUGGUUAAUCAACUAUUGGGAGUUUCGAGUGAGUCAGAGAUUAAUGAAAUGGCUCAGAGUUUCUCGGAUUUUGUUGAUGGUUGUCUCUCUGUUCCAAUAAACUUGCCCGGUUUUCCUUAUUACACUGCCAUGAAGGCAAGGGAGAAAAUCAUAACUAACAUAUAUAGGAUAAUCAAAGGACAGAGAGAAGGUGCACAUGAUAUCGGUAAUGGCGUGCUAGGAAGAAUACUGAAGGAAGAAAGCUUAGCUGAUGAGUCUGUUGCCGACUUCAUUAUCAAUCUUCUCUUUGCUGGCAACGAAACAACUGCCAAAACGAUGCUAUUUGCAAUCUAUUUCCUCACCCAGUGUCCUAGAGCAAUGCAACAAUUACUGGAUGAACAAGACAGUCUCAAAAGAAGCAAAUCUGUUGGGGAAGAACUGCUUACAUGGCAGGAUUAUAAAGCAAUGCCUUUUACUCAGUGUGUCAUCGAUGAAACACUUCGACUAGGAGGAAUUGCAAUUUGGCUACUGAGGGAGGCAAAAGAAGACGUUGAGUACCAAGACUAUGUUAUUCCCAAAGGAUGCUUUGUCGUUCCAUUCCUCUCAGCAGUUCAUUUGGAUGAGAAUGUGUAUAAGGAAGCGAUCGCCUUCAAUCCUUGGAGAUGGAUGGACAGUGAAAAUCAGGAUAAAAGAAAUUGGAGAAGUAGCCUUUACUUUGCACCAUUUGGUGGAGGAGCCAGAUUCUGUCCAGGAGCUGAGUUAGCUCGUCUUCAAAUUUCCAUUUUCCUCCAUUACUUAGUCACUUCAUAUAGUUGGACCCAACUCAAAGAGGAUCGUAUGUCAUUCUUUCCCUCGGCUCGUUUAGUGAAUGGCUUCCAAAUCUGCUUAACUAGACGACAUGAUCGAACAAUCUAGUAGCCAUGGAGUGAUGGAAAUGAUCGAGGUGUGAUUUUAGAUUAAGUCUUACUCUAUUUAAUUUGUUUAUUCACUUAACUGCAAGUCGUGUAAAUCGCCGUAAAAAUAAAUUAAUUAUGGUAAUACUGUACCCGUUAAUUAGUUACGUACUUUAGAUCCGUUAAUGGAUCUAAACAAAAGUUACUUAAUUUUCUCUCAC